AUGAAUAUCAUCUUGGGUCUCCUCCUGCUUCUGUUCACCAUCAUCUACUCCUACUUGGAGGCACUGGUGAAGGUUUUCUUUCCCCGAAGGAGAAAAUCUGUGGCUGGGGAGGUUGUUCUCAUUACAGGAGCCGGGCAUGGAAUAGGCAGGUGGACUGCCUAUGAAUUUGCAAAACGGAAGAGCCGACUGGUUCUGUGGGAUAUUAAUAAGCGCGGUGCUGAGGAAACGGCAGCCGAAUGCAGGAAACUGGGGGCCACUGCGCACGUGUAUGUGGUGGACUGCGGUAACCGAGAAGACAUUUAUAACUCUGUAAAGCAGGUAAAGAAAGAAGUGGGAGAUGUAACCAUCCUGGUGAAUAAUGCUGGGACAAUAUAUCCAGCUGACCUUCUUAGUACCAAGGAUGAUGAGAUUACCAAAACUUUUGAGGUCAACAUCCUAGGACACUUUUGGAUCACAAAAGCACUUCUUCCGUCCAUGAUGAAGAGAAAUCAUGGCCACAUUGUCACAGUGGCUUCAGUGUGUGGCCAUGGAGUGAUUCCUUAUCUUAUUCCAUAUUGUUCCAGCAAAUUUGCUGCUGUCGGCUUCCACAGAGCUCUGACAUUAGAACUUGAAACCUUGGGGAAAACUGGAAUCAAAACUUCGUGUCUCUGCCCAGUUUUUGUGAAUACUGGGUUCACCAAAAACCCAAGCACAAGACUAUGGCCUCUUUUGGAGACAGAUGCAGUUGCAAGAAGCUUGAUAGAUGGAAUACUUACCAAUAAGAAGAUGAUUUUUGUUCCAUCAUAUUUCAAUAUCUAUAUAAUACUAGACAAAUUUCUUCCUGAACGUGCCUUGGCAGCUAUGAAUCACUUACAGAACGUUCAAUUUGAAGCAGUGAUUGGCCACAAAACCAAAAUGAAAUGAAUAAUGGAGCUCCAGCCAGAGAUGUCUGCACCUUAAUGAUGUAAAUCUAAGUUUAGAAUCAAUGCUUCAAAGCUUAAUUUCACAUUUUUCAAUACUGUUAAUAUAAAAAAAAAACAUUAGUUUGACAUCAGCAGCAAAGGAACAAGACUAAUUACCUGUCUAUCUCAAGAAUAUUAAUGUAGCUUUAACAGUCAGAUCCAAUUUCAUUCCAUGCCCCUUAAAAACUUCUGUGCUUAUAUAAACAUACUCAAAAGGCCUCUUUUCUUCAGAUAUUUUGUUUUUUUUUUCUUUCUGCUUCAAUGGGAACAAAGCCACCUCCCGGAGAGUAAAUACAAAGAGAAGUUAUUUACACAGGGAAGGUUGAAGACCUUGUCAACAUGUACACCAUGUGAGCUAGCAGUUAGAGAUGAGGUUUAAGCAGGCUGCAGUGCUCCAAAGGACAAAGAGGUUACUUCUAUGAAAUUCAACAUUUGGAAGCUUUCACUGGCUUCUCCCUUUUCAGCAGCCCAAAACAGUGCAACGGUAUUCUGUAGUUUCUUGCUUGAUUCUGUCCUUUGUAUCACUCUUAUAUCCACCAAGAGUGGACACUAUACUUUCUGCCCUUUUCAUAACCUCUUAAAAUACUAUGACCUUAUAAAACCUGACUCUCCUUGAAUCUCAGAAUAUCUGAAAUUUUAACCCCAGGAUAAACCCCUCUUUAUUUGUAGUUUAUGCUUUCACAUAUCAUUGGUACCAGAGAUGUUUAGAUAGUUUUGAGCUUCAAAAAUGAAAACUAACACAGAAAAAAGAAUUAGGCUGACUACCCAAUACUAGACAGUAGAUCUAAGAGAUAAAAGAGUGUUCUCUUUAAAGAUCUGAUUCCCACUACAGCAAGAGUAAUCUUGUUUUUGUGUUUUUCUCAUAUAUAAUAGACUGCUUUUCCAUCAACUA